CUCGUCCGCGCCGCAGGACUCUUCCCCAGAUCAUCAACUCAAAGUACGAGCCACCUUCAGAGUAGCAACACUCAUACAACUUGCAAGUUCAAAGCACAAUGGUUCGCCCUAGUCAGCUCAGAGCGGCUGCGGCCGAGGCAAAUCUGAACAGCGCUGACGACGACGAGGCAACCAAACAGAUGGACUCGGAGGCCGCUGGGAAGAGAUCUGGCGACCGCUUUAGCACAUACUGGCCCCCCGGCUGGAACUAUGAGCGUUUCAGAAAAUCCACCAGCCUGGAGCUUAUCCAAGGGCUUUCCGAGGGAGAAUAUGCCAAGCUGCAACUAGGGAUACGAGAGGCCCGUAGUGAACGAGAGAAGGGGGUAUCAUCGGGGCUCGUGCCUCUGGUGGCACAAACGAGUUCCGUGGCGCCAGAUUGGCUUCGCCAGUGCACGCGUCGCCACCGCCACCAGACCUGGGGCUUUGUCGCUGUGAGGACGGCGAGCUAUGACGACGCGGAACGAUGGAAUGAGUUCAAAGCCAGGAUCCGCAGCAUUAUGGAGGUUCCUUUCGAGCGCGAUAUCAAGAGUAUCUCCACCUCCGCCGUUACGGAAGACGCCUCGGCGGCCAAGGCAAAACUAGAGCUCCGCUGGAUUGAAGACCCCGCACUGGACGGGCAAACCGACCCCGACAUCCUUCGGGACCGGUACAGUCAGAUACGACCCUCGCUACCCCCAGGUCAAUCCCAGCACGUCUUUCUCGUGGCAUCCAAAGAUGCAAUUGCCUCGGUCCUGGACGAUACCAAUGAUCAGAAGACUGAUGAAGCGGCUCCGUUUGGGUACCCGCCACGUUGGCGGCCCAAUGCGCCGUACAUCCUUGCCGUCUCAGCAGAUGCAGAUCCAGGACUGGAAGAGGGCCACGAGGAACGAGAAUGGUUCAAACCCGUUUUCAGAGUAGCAGCUGAGGUGCUAGUCGAUGAGUUCUGGCAUCUUCUAGACUCGGAUAUCAUGCCUUUGAGAAGAAUCACAAGAUGCGUCAGAGGAACGGACUUGGAUGGUCGGGUACUGGCUCCUGGAGAUGAUGACUAUGAUCUGGAAGAUCUAUGGUGGUCUAUGGCUCCUUCGCCUUGGCGGCUGAGGAAGAGAGCACGUGGGUCAAAUCUCCACGCACGCGCGACGUAUAUAGAUCAGUCUCGUUAGUUCAGGGCAUAGCGGGACGAGCCUCUUUGUAUAGGUCCGCGGCAGUCAAUCGGCCUCAGGGUAUAUUGAUCAGAAGUCCAGUCAUACUACUAUUCUACGAUUAGCCCUCUUGUCCCAAGGAUAUACCUGCGCUGCUUCAAUAGGUGUCACACGCCCCUAUGGCCUUCAUGAGUCGUGGC